AGGGCUCCAGAUAAUAAUCCGCUGCGAUAAAACAAUUCGUGACAUGAUACAUACAGAAGACGAUUAUACGUACAUACGUGUAUGUAGUAUACGCAGCACUUGUAGUCGCCGGAGAAUAUUUCCGACCGCCGCGACGGCUGUAGCCGCCAAGUGAGGAUUGAUUGUCGUUUAUGACCGGAGUGUUUGAGCUGAAGCUGUAGAAAUGCUGAGAGCUGCGAUGAUGAAUCACAGCGAUGAAGAUUAUGACAUGGAGUUUUCUUCCAGAAGUGUAGAUGGCUCUUCCCAGAAAGUUAAAGUAGAGGGGAUGAGCGGUGAUCGGAAGGCAAAUGCCGUCCGGUCCAAGCAUUCUGAGACAGAGCAGCGCAGGAGGAGCAAAAUCAAUGAGAGAUUUCAGAUUUUGAGGGAUCUCAUACCAGAGAAUGAUAACAAGAGAGACAAAGCUUCAUUCUUGUUGGAGGUUAUACAGUACAUCCAGUUUUUACACGGGAGGAUACAAAUGUAUGAGGGGGGAUGCCAAGAUUGGAGUCAAGAGCCCUCCAAAUUGAUGCCAUGGAGGAGCUCUUCUGGGGCAGUUGGGCACUCUGAAUUGAUCAGGAAUGGCUCUGCACACGAGGACAAUGGUGUUGUGGACCAAAAAAUUCUUGCAAAUACUCAUGAGUCAAUAGAAUCUGAUCCAAGUGCUGAGGCGUUGUAUAAAACAAUGGAUGAUCUCCAAAGAUUGACCAAUGAAGCAAUUUCCUUCGGCAUGCAGAUGCAGCCUAGUUUCUUUGAAGGUUCAUCUGUCCAACUUUCACCAGGAUCUUCUUCAAUUGAGCAUUUGGCUUCUCAGUCUCAAUUAUUUUAUUGGCCUGAUGAACAAAAUGAAACUCAGAGAGCUGCUCCUGGUUGCAGUCAGAAUGAUCAAGAAGAGCCAGAAACUGGAGGCGGAGAAGCUGGAAUCUCAAACGAGUUCUCCCAGAGGUUGAUGAAUACCCUAAACCAGACAUUGGCAUCGCUGGGAGUGGAUAUGUUGCAGGCCAAUGUUUCAGUACAACUUGAUAUUGGCAAACACACUGACACUAGUACUGGAGCCGAUCUUACAAGAUUAAGCAGCCGCACAACUUGGGACCAACCUCAUAAAAAGCUUAGAAAAGAACAAAGUUAAUCUUUAUCUUACUCUUUUUGCCAGAGUUUUCUUAAAAGUUAAAUCGGCUUCUAGCCCGCUUGUAUGGUUUCAUAACUAUUUUUUGGAACAAAGGCUUACAAAGUGCAUUUCAGUAUUACUAA